CUGCGCUGAGGACCGCUUGGUACUUGGCUGCUUUUAUGAUUUCCACCGCCUUGGCGACGCAGCCGCGCCGGUGUCGGAGAUCGACAGCGCCCCCAGGCCCAGGGCAGUCGAUGAUGUUCUUUCAGGUUCAUCUCUGUGUCUGAACCUGCAGCUGCAUUCCCCUCCCGCUGCUCCACCUUCGGCUCCAGCACCGGCCUGCCUCUGUCCCAAGUCCCAACGACCUCCAGCGCCUCAGCACAACCGCCGCUGGCCGCCACAAGCCCUGCAUGGCUCGACGACAUAUCCCUGCCCCCAUCACCCUCGAGGAGAUCUUUGCCAAUCCUUUCGUUGUGGCCAUCCAGACACACUACCAGUCGAUCCUUGUCUCGCUUCGCUACAAUGACUGGAUCCUUGCUGUUCCGCACGCUUCGUCUUUUACAUCAAUGUUCACCGAUAGGGAAAUCGCCUUCUCGGAAGAGUUUGUCGCCACGCACGUCCUGCGGUCCAUCUCGAGCGACAACGGCUACAUCACGCUCGAUAACAAGAAAGUCUACGUCAAAGAUCAUCAUCUGGUGACCGAUAAAGGUUUCUCAGAGUCCCGCAAGUGUCUCGUCCUUUUCGAUGAUAUCAUUCAGGACGACGGACCAAACAAAUCCGGUAUCGCCGUAUACUGCAUCGACCAGCCCCUGGUGCGGCUCGGUGGUGUCGAGGACGAGUCGACAAGGCAUAUUGCUGAAUCGGCAGUGAGCUUCCGCAAGAUUAUCGACGCCAUGGAGACUGGAAAGGUCGAGAUCUCCAAGAUAGAGGAGGCGGUGCUUGCCUUUAACGAUCGCGCCGUGGAGAUUGAUUCCUUGGAGACCCUCAAAGAUGAGGUCAAGCUACUGGUCGAAAAGUGCUUUGUGACCUUGGGCGCCAUCGACGAAAAAGCCCUGCGCGGCGCUUUGGAGAAGUACGGAAUCGAGCACGAGAUGGUCUUCCAGGCAGCUGAGACCUUCAUCAUGGAGUCAGCGUACGAAAUUUUGUUCUUCAAAGUCUGCUCCUACCACCGCGAGAAAGAUACGGUGUUUUCAGAGGUUUUAGUGGAUCUCCAGGAUCUCGAUCUGCGGCAAAUGGGUCUUCCCGAGCAGUACGGUUGGGGCCUCAUGAUGGCGGUCAAGGAGUUCCAGACUGUCGCCGCCCUGCGGACUCCGUUCGAGAAGAUUCGGUGUCUAAUGCGGAGUAUCGAGCUCUUCAGCUCCUUGCCAAGCAACAGCUCGUCGCCAGACCGACCGCCGAUCCUCAGUGGAGACGUCAUCAUUCCGCUGAUGGCGAUGAUGGUUAUCCGUAGCAAUGUCGUGAAUCUGCAUUCAAGCCUGUACUUUAUGAACAACUUUACCUUUGGACACGACGUUCUCAUUGGCGAAUACGGCUAUGCGUUGUCGUCCCUCGAGGCCGCGUCGACUUAUCUGGAAGAGCACCACUCGCUGCUAUCAACGGGUGCUCGGCGCAACAGAAGCUACUGGAGCGCUGUCCGAUGCGGGGACUUGACUGCCGUCAAAUAUUACUUUGAAGGAAAGGUCCAUAGAGAAGAGCACGAGCCAAUCUCGGCAAAGUCUGCAACGCCAUCCCUCACUGCGGAUGCAUCUGUGAUAUGCGACGCUGCAAGGAGCCGCGAUGUCAACGGCGACGAUGCCGUGCUGAUGGCUGUCCAAAGCGCAAGACUGGAGGUCCUCAAGUACUUACUCGAAUCCGGAAUGUGUCCCGCCACCUCCAACUACAACGAUACCUCGGUGUUGCAUAUUUGUGCAGCCAGUGACGCCCACCUCCCGAUUGCGCACUACUUGCUCGACCAUCAUUCGGGUGCCAUCGACAUCGAGGCCCGCGACCAUCAAGGCAACACCCCACUUCUGGUGGCUGUCCAGCACCAUAACGAGCCGCUCUUUAUACUCCUCCUUGAAAAGGGGGCCAACGCCCAGGCCCAAAACGAUGCGGGCAUGUCCAUCAUUCAUUCGGGCAACGCAUCAGAUAUCCGCUCAUUGCUCGGUGCCCAGCGUCGUCUGGGAUUCAGCAUCAACCUGAAUCUUUGGUCACAUGACGGUCUGACUCCCCUGCUCUACCACUGCCAGCAUGGCCAUGCAUUGGAGAUUGAGGAGCUAAUCUGGCAAGACUCGGUCGAUUUAAUGGCCCAGGACCUGGGCCAACGAACGCCGCUCCAUCUGUGUGCGUUCAAAGGACUCGCCCACGCAGUCGAGAUGCUUCUUCAGACUCCCGCCGUCGCCGUCGAUGCUGAAAGUUUGCGCGGCAACACCGCCUUGCAUGCCGCGGCCGACUCUGGCAACUUUGCAAUUGCCCAUCUUCUCCUAGAAGCCGGUGCUGAUCCUGCCAAGCGCAAUGCACAAGGGAGGUCCCCGGCCGAUCUCUCCAAGGAGGAGGCGCUCACAGAUCUUCUGGACGACUAUGGUCUGUUCGCAAGCUGCACACACGUGCCAAAGAAUCUCGGGGAAAAGGUCGCUGCGAUCGUUCGAGCCGUCGUCGAAUCGGACAAAGUGUACUUUGUGGUCAAAUCAGGCACGUUCCGCGAUGUCGCCAGCAUAACAACGGUGUUCCGAGAGCUCGACGACUUUCGGUUCCUAAGAUCGCAGCUUUUGGAAGAAUAUUCGGAAGUCUGUUUACCCGAGUUUGAAGACCUGUUCGACACUCGCCAGAUAUCGGCUGCGGUUCUGAAGAACAAUCCUUCCAGCGCUUCCCGCACGCUGAGGAAGAUCAUCAAGCGAUUGACCGUGCUUUUUGACUACCUGCUUUCGCACCCGACGCUCAAGGAUCACGAACUUGUCUGGGAAUUUCUCGUGCUCUCGGACCUCGAGCUCGACAUGAUCAAGGCCCGUAGCGCCUCCAAGAUUGAAUACCUGCUUGAGAACAUCUUUGAAUCCUACGCCCCCAUUGUCGAGGACCUGGAGAAAAGCGAUGCCGAGUUUCACAACGUGGCGGAAGUGUUUGGCGCCCUGGUUGGAAGUAGCGGAACCGGAGGCGUCAGGAGCAUCGCCAACUCGGCUAGAAGAAUGGGCAAGCUCAGAAGAGACUUUGCAAACAACAUUCGGACGCUGCGCUACCACAUGUCCAAGCCAUCUUUGGAUCUAUUUCCUCGCAAGGAUGGCGUAGCAACCGCCCUCAAGUGUUUGGGCGACAUCAGCACCCGCCAGAGUGCCAUCGACACCUGGGAGAUCGGAGAGGUCUUUCUUGAAUCCGCAACAGGUAUCGCCGGAGCCUUGUCAGUGCUCCCGAGGCAUGAUGAGGUGGCGGCGGUUUUCAGAACCAACUCCAAGCACACGGCGACCAUACAGAGCCAGCUCACUCGAGUCGAGGCCCAAGCCAAGACCAAUAGCACCGACGAGAAUGUCAAGAAGCUCAGCGAGAUCUACUUUCAAUAUCAGACAUCCUCGCGAGAGACUCAAAGGAAUGCUAGCCUCCUCAACUACACUGAUAUCUCUCUCCGCAGCGAGCUGCAACGCUUCCACGAGUAUCAGGACAACACAUAUGAUCAACUGCUUCGCACCUAUGCUCAGAAGCAGAUACAAUGCGAAAAGGAAGCCGUGGACAGUAUCCUAAAAGCCUUGGAUAUGCUUGAGUGCACCAUGGAGGAUCUGCCGUGAUCCACUUUGGCUGACAGCGCCGCCAAAGUGAGCGCAGCCGGCCCAUACUGCUGGUGAAUGCUUCGGUACAUCUAUCGAGUUGGAGCGGGAUGGAUGUCUUGGGCCGGUGCUUGCUUUGCGUCGCAGGUUUUGGCUGGUCGUCUCGCGGAAUACAGGACCGCUCCGGGCUGUUCCGGGCUGUCGAUACGGCGAUCGCA